CUUCUGCAAACCAAUCUCAACGAUCCAAAUCUUCUCCCACCGAUCAGGUGGUCUCAGUUGCCUCUGUUCCUCUCUUCUCCAACCACAAUCGCACACGACCUGUAGAAGAAGAAGCAGAAGCUACUCGGCUUGGCAAUCACCCACAAAUGGCUGCGAUCUUAGCUCGGAAAUCUCUUCAGGCUCUUCGCGCUCGCCAGCUCGCUGUUUCUGGGCAAACAUUGCAGGGUUCUCACCGUUAUGGACUGCAGCUCAGUGCUCACCCAUACUCCACCAAAAAAGAGGAUGAAGACAGAGAGAAACUAGCAAAGGAAAUUUCAAAGGACUGGAGCUCUGUUUUUGAGCAAAGCAUAAACACAUUGUUUCUCACUGAAAUGGUCCGGGGUCUGAUGCUGACACUCAAAUACUUCUUUGAUAACAAAGUUACUAUCAAUUAUCCAUUUGAGAAGGGCCCUUUGAGCCCUCGUUUUCGUGGUGAACAUGCCCUACGUCGAUACCCAACUGGAGAGGAACGUUGCAUUGCAUGCAAACUCUGUGAAGCGAUAUGCCCUGCACAAGCAAUCACAAUUGAGGCAGAGGAGCGAGAAGAUGGUAGCCGUAGGACUACUAGGUACGAUAUUGACAUGACAAAGUGCAUCUACUGUGGAUUCUGCCAAGAGGCAUGCCCUGUUGAUGCCAUUGUUGAAGGACCCAACUUUGAAUUUGCAACAGAGACUCAUGAGGAACUUCUGUAUGACAAAGAGAAGUUGCUUGAGAAUGGGGACCGUUGGGAAACCGAGAUUGCAGAGAACCUCAGAUCCGAAAGCCUCUACCGCUGAAUGUUCCACCCAUUACUUCUCCCUAGCUGAUACUUGCAUGUUCCUCUUUGGCAAUGUGAAAAAUAAAUAGAUCUGUCUCUGGAUCUUGAAUUUAACCUCUGUAACUUGGCUUGUGAUGCUGUUUUUGAAUACAUUCUUAAUAUGAUGGAUAAAUUAAAAAUGAAAGGGAAACAAUUUCCUUUUGUAAAACCUUUUUGUUUUGGUUGAGGACACCAUUUGUAAAGUUCUUGACAUUUGUGAAAUCUUUCUUGAAGAGCAUUUAAAAGAGAAGGUGGACACAUUGGUAGUCCACCUAGGCAUUUGACAUUGUUA